AUGGCUCUCCACAAAACCCUUAAGACCUUCUCGGCCAGACUUCAGUCCCUCAUCAUACCAAAAGCACACACGAUGGAUUCCCAACGGCCAUUCCCCUUCCAAAAGCUCCCAAUUGAAAUUCGCCUCAUGGUAUAUGAGUGUCUACCUGUUCAAAUCAAACGACAUGACUUCAAUACCUCUACCAAUACGCCUGCAUCUUCGAAGGGCCGCUCCUUUACAACUGUUUCCAAAUACCUCGAUCUCUCCAUACUCCUGACCUGUCGUCAAGUUCACGCUGAAGCCAGUGCCAUCAUUAGAAAGAAAGUGCUCGACAUUCUGGAGACACCACCACGCUGGAUCAUCGACUUGUCGCAGGGUGUCAGCAUACACAAAAGCGGUGGUCCCCUCUGGCACAUAUCACGUUACCUUGCGAGACGCGCGGUCAAAGCUCGCAAAGCCCUCGGCGGUGUGCCGUAUCUUGGCACAGGCAUGGGUGCCGGAGGUGCACGCUAUAAUCCCGAAAAUGAUCCCGAUUACGCCAAGCUCGCUCGGAUGACAGAGCUGUGGUUCCGAAGUCUUGAUCACCAGCGCGCGACGACAGACUCGGUUCCCUCAAUUGAGGUUGCGAUCAGAGCUCCAAAAGAAUGCAUCCCAGGUGCCACAGUUGGAACACUUCGGCAGCUCGCUAAGGCCUUAUUUGAAGAGCACGGCGGCUUCCGGUUUGUCUUGCGUAGAGUCGCAGAAGACUAUCCAAUUUGCCAGGAGAGUAUAAGUGCACGGGAAACGAAGGCAAUCGAGUUUGGACAUAACCGCGGCGACGCUGUACGAGCUGUGUUUGGGCCGGGAAUAGAGGAUGCAGAAUUUGAGGAGCAGUGGAGCAAUGGCAGUUACUACUAA